AUGGCAUCUGCAGUGGCUCCUCCCAAAGAUGAAGCCAUCUUCCGUUCUGCAGAAAUGUCAUUGAUUGAAUUUUAUAUCUCUCAAGAAAUCGGUAGAGACGCUGUGUACACUCUUGGCCAGUUGGGUUUAGUUCAGUUCAGAGACUUGAAUUCCAAGAUUCGUCCCUUCCAAAGAACUUUUGUUAAAGAGAUUAGAAACCUAGAUAAUGUCGAGAGACAAUAUAGAUAUUUCUUCAAGUUAUUAUUGAAACAUGACAUUCAAUUAUAUGAAGAUGAAACUUUGAUUGAAUCAUUCAAAUUAACUCAAAAGAAGGAUUUCAACAUUGAAUCGAUUCAAGUUUCUCCAAACAAUUCCAUCAUUGGUGAUCAUAUGACUAAUGCCACAUAUUUAGAAACAAGAUUGCUUGAAAUGGAGGAAGCUGUGGACUCCUUAGAGACUCAAAAAGCUGAUUUGGAGCAAUACCGUAUUGUUUUACAAAGUGGUGAUCAAUUCUUUGAAUCUAUCGAGCAAGGUAAUCCAGAACUAUUGAAUUUGAGUAGUUCUAAUGGUAAUGAUAUUGAAACCAAUGUAUUGAGUGGUGGGGUCUUACCUUCAUCAGUCAACUAUGUCACAGGUGUUAUUGCUAGAGAAAAAAUUGGUGUUUUAGAACAAAUUCUUUGGAGAGUCUUGAGAGGUAAUUUAUUUUUCAAAUAUUUGGAAAUUGAAGAACCUAUUUAUGAUUCUCAAUCAAAGACCAAGAUUUACAAAAAUGUCUUUAUUGUCUUUUCUCAUGGUGACAUGAUCAUGAAGCGCAUUAGAAAGAUUUCUGAAUCCUUGGAUGCUAAAUUAUAUGAUGUUAGUGAAAAUGAACAAGAAAGAGGUGCCAAAUUAAACAAAGUUAAUCAAUCUUUAACUGAUUUAUACACUGUCUUGCAGACCACUUUGACUACUUUACAAAGUGAAUUAUAUGCCAUUGCCAAAGAAUUAAAUUUCUGGUUCCAAGAUAUUGCUCGUGAAAAAUCAGUUUAUGAGACUUUAAAUAAAUUCAGCAGUGAUUCCAAUCGUAAGAUUUUAAUUGCGGAAGGGUGGGUCCCCAAGGAUCAAAUUUAUAUCUUACAACAAUGUAUGGAUCAAAUGAUUGCAAGAUUGGGUAUUGAUUCUCCAUCUAUUAUUCAAAUUGUGGAAACUAACAAGACUCCACCAACUUAUCAUCGUACCAACAAAUUCACUGAAGGUUUCCAAAAUAUUUGUGAUUGUUAUGGUAUUGCCAAAUAUAGAGAAGUUAAUGCCGGUUUACCUACCAUUGUGACUUUCCCCUUUAUGUUUGCUAUCAUGUUUGGUGAUAUGGGCCAUGGGUUUUUAAUGUUUUUAUGUGGGUUAUGCUUAGUAUUGAAUGAAUCCAAGAUUGAUAAGAUGAAACGUGGUGAAAUUUUCGAUAUGGCUUAUUCUGGUAGAUAUAUUGUCUUGAUGAUGGGGUUGUUUUCCAUGUACACUGGGUUCUUGUACAAUGAUAUCUUUUCAUUGUCAAUGACUUUCUUUAAGAGUGGCUGGGAAUGGCCUAAAGAAGGUUGGAAAGAAGGUCAAAGUAUUGAAGCCACUGCUACCGGUGUUUACCCUAUCGGGUUGGAUUGGAUUUGGCAUGGAACUGAAAAUGCUCUUUUGUUUUCCAAUUCAUACAAGAUGAAAUUAUCCAUCAUCAUGGGGUUCAUCCAUAUGUCUUAUUCCUACAUGUUUUCUUUAGUGAAUGCCAUUAAUUUCCAAUCCAUGAUUGAUAUCGUUGGUAAUUUCAUCCCAGGUUUAAUUUUCAUGCAAAGUAUCUUUGGUUAUUUAUCAUUAACCAUUGUUUACAAAUGGUCCAAAGAUUGGAUCAAAGAUGGUAAACCUGCACCUGGUUUGUUGAACAUGCUAAUCAACAUGUUUUUGGCUCCAGGUGUCAUUGACGAUGAAUUGUAUAGGCAUCAAGGUAAAGUUCAAGUUGUAUUAUUAUUCCUUGCUUUGAUUUGUAUCCCAUGGUUAUUAAUUGUUAAACCAUUGCAUUACAAAUUGACUCACAAGGAGAAAUCUAUAGAAUCCUCUGAUGACCACGAAACACAACACCUAUUACAAUCAACGAACAACAACCGUGAAGAAGAUGGUGAUGAACAUCUAUUGGAAAUCGAAGAACAUGACCAAGAUGCCGAUGAAGAUGAGGCUGCUCAUGGCGAAGGCUUCAGUGAUUUAAUGAUUCAUCAAGUCAUCUAUACUAUUGAAUUCUGCUUAAACUGUGUUUCUCACACUGCCUCAUAUUUAAGAUUGUGGGCUUUAUCCCUAGCUCAUGCACAAUUAUCCAGUGUCUUAUGGACCAUGACUAUCAAGAUUGCAUUUGGAGUCCCAGGUUUAUUAGGUGUUUUGAUGACUGUAUUCUUAUUUGGUAUGUGGUUUGUUCUAACAUGUACCGUGUUAGUGGUCAUGGAAGGUACCAGUGCCAUGUUACAUUCUUUAAGAUUACAUUGGGUGGAAUCCAUGUCCAAGUUCUUUGUCGGUGAUGGUGUUUACUACACUCCAUUUGCCUUCCAAUACAUCGAUUUGGAAGAUUUCACAGCAGCUGCUAAAGUAAACACAGCUGCAGCUGGAGAUGAAUAA